GUUAAAUAUAGUGCUAGAAAAGUAAAUUCCCUGAACUUUCGGCCUCGGUUGUCAGGCAGGUCAUUACAGGCGCUCACCCUGCUGGCAAUGCCUUGGACGGCUAUGCCGUCCAUGUGAUUGCGGGGUCCUCGCAAGGACCUCGUGAUCACAUGGCCCAGGGGGGCUGAAGAGGACGGAGGGGGACUUCCUGGGCUCUCAGGUAAAUCCCCAUACCGCGAUCGCCGGCAACCGGGUAAGUACAAAAGAUUGCAGGGCGUUCUAUGCUGCCCUGCAGCGUUUAGAGCCAUCUAAAUAAGGAUGGCAUAGAAUGCCCUGCGGUCUUAAGGGGUUAAAGCACUUUUUUCAAACAAUUGCACAACAGUGUACAUCAAAUCAAGGAUGGGGCAAAAGUAUAUUAAAGGAGCCCUAUAGGGUCAGGAACACAAACAUGUAUUCCUGACCCUAUAGUGUUAAAAACACUAUCUAGCUCCCUUUGCCUCCCUAAAGAUAGUAAAAUCUUACUUGUAUUGAAGUCUUAAGCUGCUCCCUCUGCCUGUGAACUACCUCUGACAUCAUCCGAAGUGGUGGCCUGAUCCAAUCACAGUGCUUCCCCAUAGGAUUGGCUGAGACUGACAAGGAGGCAGAUCAGGGGCAGAGCCAGCACAAUUCAAACACAGCCCUGGCCAAUCAGCAUCUCCUCAUAGAGAUUAAUUGAAUCAAUGAAUCUCUCUGAGGAAAGUUCAGUGUCUCCACGCAGAGGGAGGAGACACUGAAUCUUUGGAUGCAUUUUAGGCAGCCAUGACCCAGGAAGGAUCUCUAACAGCCAUCCGAGGAGUGGCCAGUGAAGUUAUCACUAGGCUGUAAUGUAAACACUGCAUUUUCUCUGAAAAUACAGUGUUUACAGCAAAAAGCCUGAAGGUAAUGAUCUUACUCACCAGAACAAAUUCAAUAAGCUGUAGUUGUUCUGUUGACAAUAGUGUCCCUUUAAAGGAACCUUCCAGCAUUACAAAUAAAAUUGUGUUUGUAACAUUACGUGUUGUAGAUUUUUGCAGCCCCCUACUUCCCUAAAUAAAGCAUUAUUUACCUGUAAUCCAGCAGCAAGAAGUUCUCCUCCCCACCUACCACGGAUUAUCAGUGCGGAUCACUUCCUGGCCUUCUCUAAGCGCUAGGAAGUUGGGAGCAUGCGUUGCAGUUACCAAGUGCUCUUCGGGUUUGGAGGGCUUCUUUAAAAGGAAAAUUAAAGUGUUUAUAAACCUGUAUUCCAAGUGUUCCUGACUUUAGGUAGGAAAUCCUUCUACCCCUUCCUCUGCUGUGCGCCAUAAAAAAACAAAACAAUUAGAUGGUAUUUAGUUAUCUUUUUCCAGUGCGAAGGAACCCUCUGUGCUGCUUACCUCUCCUUGUGUCAAGGAUGAGGCAUGUCUCAACUGGAGUCGGUCCAGUUCAAGCAGGCCUCAUCUGGAGUCGGUCCUAGAGGAGCAUUGGGGACCAGAUGUGCAAAAGCCACAAGUGUGGCGCAUGCAUCAGAUUUACCCAUAGGAGCUGCAGUAAUGUGAGCGAGUUUUACUUCCAAUGGCUUUCAGUGUAACAACCACUGAUGGCGUGUUUAGCCCUGCAAUGUAAACAUUGCAGUUUAAAAAAAAAAAAAUAAUUGUAAUCUUUUACACCGCAGGGUUAAGGGGUUAAACCUACAAGAACACAGCAUUCAGGCCACUUCAUUGAUAUGACGUGUCCUGGGUGACGUCAGUGGUCUUUUAACCCCAUAAGGACCAAACUCCUUGAAUAAAAGGGAAUCAUGACAUGUCACACAUGUCGUGUCCUUAAAGGGUUAAAGAAUAACCUUGUAUGUAAACUGAUGAGAUUUUUGUCACUGAACAGUGAAUUGAAAACUGAAUUUCGACAUUUAAGCAACCAUAGCUGACAUGGAAAAAAAAUCUCCAUCUCUACUAGAUCCACUGCUUGGCUAUUUUAGCAUGCAUUUUACAAUUUGGUUUGUAUUCUGUAUGUAUCGAAUAAAUCUUUUUGUCCAAUGCUUUGUACGUUUCAAACAGUAUUUUUCUGCUUUUUCUGUCAUUUUUUUUGAGAUCCUUUUAUCUUCGUAGGACAGUGCGUUACGUUCCUGAAGGCUGCAAUGACAAGAUGGUUUCUGAUACAGCAGUUUAUACCACACUGGCCAAUGUAUUCCAGGCUCUGUUUAUUGGAGAUUUACACAGACAAAGCGACCUUCUUAAUAUACUUCCUGAAGCUACUAAAUCCAUUUAUAGGCAUUCAAUGGCUGAGGAGACCCAGACAUUCUCUUGUUCUCCCGAGAAUAACCAUCUGAGGGCAGAAGACAUAGUAUAUAAUUCUCUGGGAUUUUGCAUUGUGCGGGGUCCAAGUACACUGAGGUCGGCCGGAGCUGGGGUGUUUGUUUGCAAAGGAAGAGUGCAGAAAGGAGCAGUCGUGUCCAUGUACCCUGGUACUCGUAGCAUCUUUAUCAAAUGAUUUAUGCGUUUUCUCAAUUUUAUAUUGGAUGUAUGUUUAAAGAGGACCCAUAUUCCACUUGGGGUAAGUAUUAAAAUUCAAUCUAUACUUUGUGCUAGCAAUAUUGCCAGCUUAUGUAUAGAUUAAAAUAUAUGCUUACUUGAAGUUUGGAUUUGGGUCUGUUGAGUACGAAGGCCAUCCCAAUGACAUUGUGGGAUUGAUGAGUGAGAAAAUUGAGAGACAAAGAUAUGCACAUACCACACAAGCCAGUAUAACUGUAGUUUACAAGCUAGAGUGAAGUUGCUUUCUGUAACUUGCAUCCUUGGCAUAUAGAGCCAUAUGGGAAAGAGGGGGGCUUACAAAAAUGUUGCAAGUAGUCCAAAGAUCUAAAUGUGGAAUGAUCACCAUAGAAACCAUUGGUUUAUAAUUGCCCCUCCCUUAGAAUCUUGCAAUAACUAGCACAUACUGGUAUUUGACAUACAUGCUAUGCUAGCUUAAAGGGAUCCUAUAGUGCCCCAUCUCGCAACCUCCCUCCCGCGGGGCUGAAGGGGUUAAAACCCCUUCAGCCACUUACCUGAAUCCAGCGCCUAUGUCACUCGGUGCUAAGUCAGGCUCCGCCUAUGCUCCUCCCCCAUUGGCGGGGGAGACCUAAUGUGCAUGCGCGGCAAAGGGCACGUGCAUUAUUCAAUGAUUUCCUAUGGGGAAAAUCUGGCACUGGAGGUCCGUGAGGACAUCCAGCGUCAGAUAACGGACCAAAAGUCAGUUUGGAUUCCGGAAGGGCCCCCAGUGGCUGUCUGCUAGACAGCAACAGAGGGCAGACUUAAAGCUGCAAUGUAAACAUUGCAGGUCUCUGGAACUGCAAUGUAAACAUUGCAGUACUAAGUGCAAUAGGGAGACAGCACCCAGACCACUUCAAUUAGCUGAAGGGGUCUGGUUGCCUACAGUGUUCCUUUAAUAUGAUGUUAGUGUGCAGGUCCAAUCUUUGAAUACUGUCAAUAUAAUCUGUCAAGAAAUUCUGGACAAAAAUGAUUUGUACUAAAAGGAACACUAUAGUGUCGGGAAGGCAAACGUAUUCCUGACAUCUCAGCCAAUUCAAUGCUGUCACUUAGGAAAUCAUUGGGAGGCUAUUGCACAUAUGUGACAAAAUGCCACGCUGCGCCAAUCAGUAUUUCCUCAUAGAGAUGUAUCGAAUCAAUGCAUCUCCUCAUAGAGAUGUAUUGAAUCAAUGCAUCUCUAUUGAUAGCAUUCAGCGUUUCUGUGAACUGGAUGGAGACACUGAAUGCCAAUUCUGCACACUUUACAACAUUGACCCAGAAAGCACCUCUUGUGGCCGUCUGAAUGACUGCCACUAGAGGUAUUUCUAGGCAGCAGUGUAAACACUGCCUUUUCUUUGAAAAGGCAGUGUUUACAUUAAAAAGCCUGCAGGGACAUGCUGUUGACACCAGAACAAUUACAUUAGGAUCUAGUUGUUUUGGUCACUAUAUCGUCCCUUUAAAAUGCAUAAUUUAUGCAUACAAGUUCUGCAGAUAGAAAGAUGUUUGACCAUUGUGGAGAGCAUAGUUUAAAAAAGAUCCCACAAAUAGAAUUUAUUAAUCCACACUUUUUUCUUCCAUAGGUACAGUCUAUCAGAAUUACGAACCUAUAUUUUUUCAAUCUAUUGGAAACCAAUUUAUUUUUAGGUGUCUUGAUGGUACUUUUAUUGAUGGGAAUGAUAAAGGAAUCUCUAAGACUGUGUACAGGUAAGAAACAUCAUGAUAAAUAUAAUUUUACAUUUUGGUAACAAAGAGGGAAAUAUUGUAUAAUAUCUGUCAUGCUUUACCCCAAUACAUACCUUUUUUAUAAUCCAAAAUUCUGAGAUUUAUUCAUUUAUGCACUUUAUAUCUUUUUGGUUUUGAAGAAACAUUGGGGGAAACAAAAUGUUUAUUAAAAAUAAAUAAAUUUCUGCCACCAAGGCUCAUAUUUCAGGAUUUUGGUAUGGAAAGCCAUCUGCCCUCAGUGUUUGAGAAACUUUGAAAAAUAAUUUGAAUUUCUGACAAUUCAAACUUCAAAUGCUUAGCUAAAACAUUAUUUCCAUUUACAUUUUCUGACUUCCUUAGUACAUACAUAGGAGUACAUACAGGUAUAUGGAGUCAAUGAGCAGCUAUCAAGGUAUCUGCAACUCCUAGACUACAUGCUAGGAAAUGUAGAGGGUGUUCGAGUAAUUUGGGACGUGGGAGGCUCUGCAUGGUAAGAUGAGUUUUGCAGCUGCCUGUAGCUUUUUAUAGGUUCCCUGAAAUAUUUUUGUUGUGGGAUUCAUUUUAAAUGUGCAAACCACAUAAUGCACACCUAAUCUAAACACGGCUCCUUUGUUCACUGUUAGGCUUGUUCACUCACAAAAUAACUCCCUCUGAGCAUAGGGGGUCCUCUGGUAAAUGAAAAUGAAAGGGAACACUCUAGACACCAUAGGCACUUCAGCUUAUAUCAGUGAUUAUGGUGCCAUGAACAGUGUGUGCAGCAUUUUGUGUGACAUAUUUGUCAAAAAAAUGACAGGAGGCUUCGUAUUUGCUUAAGUCUCUCUUUACUAGAACUCCACAGCAGCACAGAAAAACAACCAAUCAGAAAAAAGUUAGGUACUAUAAAACCCCCUUCCCAUUGCAUCAUUUCCUCUUUCUUUGCUGCUCUGCAGUCAGUAAAGGUCAGAGUACCACUGCCUCCUGGUUAUAGUGGGUGGCUUUGGGAUUUUAUUGCUUAUAUUCAGUAUUUUUGCUUUAUGAAUGCAGUAUUGUUAUAAUCAUUGUAUGAUUUUAUUCCUGUAUGCAGUGUUGUGAUAAUCCAUGUGGGAUUUUAUUUUUAUAAUGCAGUUUUGUUAUAAUCCUUGUGGGAUUUUAUUUUUAUAAUGCAGUAUUGUUAUAGUCCAUGUGGGAUAUUAUAUUUAUAAUGCAGUACUGUUAGAAUCCUUGUGGAAUUUUAUUUUUAUAAUACAAUAUUGUUAUGUUCCUUGUGGGAUUUAUUUCUUCAAUAUUUUUUUAUUUAGGCCUUGUGGGAUUCAUUUUAUAUGCAGUAUUACGUUGGCCAUGUGUAAAUUUUCCUUACACAUGCAGUUUUGUUAAAACCCCUGUGGGACUUUUUUACUUGAAACUUCGGGCCAUCACUGUUAUAUACAUAUUUAGUUUGGAUUUCUGGAGGAUCUUUGGGGUCCUCUUGUCCCCUCUAUCCCCUUGGCCUUGUCCCCCCGUCGGUCUCCUAACUUUGUGUAUGCUCAUUGUUAUAUUGUUUUGUUCCGCCUUUGUCCUUAUGUCUGGCGGUGUCUGUGUGCGCCGCUCGGGGGCUUCAGGAGGCUGACUGCAUCUGCCUCCCCGAGCUCCGGGACCGCAGAGUUCAUCUUCACCGGUCCUGUGUGUGUUUUUUCCGGCCGCAGGGGAGCUCGAGACGAGCACCUGGCGGCCGGAUCUCCUUAUCCACAUGGCCGCUUCGCCGCGGACGCGUGUGUCCGGACGGGGGAGGAUGCGACCGCUCGCAGCCCCUCCCCCCGUCAGUUCCUAACUGGUUGGAGGUCUGUUUGAGGGGCUUUCCUCCCCUCUGUCAAUCAAGGCCGGAUUCCGAUCACGGCCUGAGUUUUUUUUAUAUCAGAUGAGGGCCCUUCACCCUGCUCAGGGUUAAUCUAUAACCCAAGAUGACUCCACAUUUAUAUAAUUUUAUAUAAAUAUUUUGCUGGGCUGGAGAGUAGGCUUUAGGCAGUACACCCUGUACUGCUCUGAGAUGCCUGCAGUUUGGUUUUCUGCCUUUGGCCAAACAUUAAAGUCUGCCAGUUCCCUGUAUAGUGGUAUAGCACUUCCUCACUAGUAGCUGUAACUUCUGUGAUAUUAGACUGGAGACAUUAUAGCAACUUAAUCCAGAGGUAUUAUGUAAAAAUACUGUUAUAAUCACAUUACUACCCUGCUAGUGGGUUUUACAUAUUGAAAUUAUUUAACCCAAGGUUUCCCUGUUUCAUUACGUGUAUGUGUGUGUGUGUAUAUAUAUAUAUAUAUAUAUAUAUAUAUAUAGUGGACUCUACACACACAGAUGGGCCCUACGGCUGUCGGAACGCUAUCACGGGCCUGCUCUGUCUGUGCCUCUUUGAUUGGCCUGCUAUGUCAGUGCCCCAUUGAUUGGCCUGCUAUGUCAGUGCCCCAUUGAUUGUCCUGCUAUGUCAGUGCCCCAUUGAUUGGCCUGCUAUGUCUGUGCCCCAUUUAUUGGCCUGCUAUGUCUGUGCCCCAUUUAUUGGCCUGCUGUGUCUGUGCCACAUUUAUUGGCCUGCUGUGUCUGUGCCCCAUUGACUGGCCUGCUGUGUCUGUGCCCCAUUGACUGGCCUGCUGUGUCUGUGCCCCAUUGACUGGCCUGCUAUGUCUGUGCCCCAUUGACUGGCCUGCUAUGUCUGUGCCCCAUUGACUGGCCUGCUAUGUCUGUGCCCCAUUGACUGGCCUGCUAUGUCUGUGCCCCAUUGAUUGGCCUGCUAUGUCUGUGCCCCAUUGAUUGGCCUGCUAUGUCUGUGCCCCAUUGAUUGGCCUGCUAUGUCUGUGCCCAUUGAUUGGCCUGCUAUGUCUGUGCCCCAUUGACUGGCCUGCUAUGUCUGUGCCCCAUUGAUUGGCCUGCUAUGUCUGUGCCUAUUUGAAUGGCCUGCUAUGUCUGUGCCUAUUUGAAUGGCCAACUAUUCUGUGCCCAUUCGUUUGGCCUGCUGGGCCUGUGCCCUUCUGAUGGGCCUGCUCUAUUGGUGCUGAACCCCCUUUUGGCAGCAGGCCUGGGGGAAUAUCACUGAUGAAAACCUAGUAUCCACCAGUGACAUGGAGAUAGGCAGGUGUCCAGGCAAGCACCGUUGCCAUACUAUCCAAGAGGACGCCAGUAUACGGCCACCUGAGUAUGGUGGGAAGGGUGAAGGCCCUAAACCUCAUGCCUGAAGGGCAAGGUUUCUUAUGAAGACCCCGGGCACGCAUCCACGGUUUACACCAGCCCGGCAAUGGCACAUCUCCAAGGAGAACUUCGCAUAGGCAGGGACCGGUACUCAGACGCCUACAGGGGGACACAGUGUUUCCUUGUCUUUAACAACUAACCCUCUAACUGCCUCCCGAUGUCCAUCUAGAUAUCAGUAGUUAUUCCUAAGGUUAGCUCCUGGCCCUGUUCAGUGGGGCUUACUUGACUUGCCUUCCGGCCUGCUAUUUGCCUUCUAUCCGAGUUAGAAUUUACGUAUUUACCUUUAUCUACAUUUCUUAUUGUUUUUGUUUUCGUGCCUUCCUUUUCCUAUCGCUCGGGUCGUCGAGAGGCCUGACUUGACCUCCUCCGACCUUCCGGGCGCUCGUGGAUUGCGGAGAACGUCUCCAGCUUUCCUCAGGCUACCGACUGUCAUCCUGGACCCCGCGCACGGGAUCCGGGCGGUCAGUUGGUAGUUUCCAUCAUAGUUUCCGAAGGUUGCAUUUUCGCACCAUCCCUUUCUGUUAUUAAGAAUGGACACGGCCCGAGGUUGUAUACUAUCCCAUCUGCCAUCGGCCUGGUUUACUACCAGUUGAUUCCUUUUCAGGUGAGCGAUUCAGAGAGAGGUCUCGUGGUCGGGGAGAGACCCACCUAAGGACCUCAGUCUUAUGCUGAUAUUAGUAAUUGGUGUACCACUGCAGUUGGUCACCCUGAGUCUAGUUUGGAUCACAAGAGGGUGCGGCCCUCCAUCACCUCGAUCCGAGAAUGUUAUUUUAUUUUCAGGAACAGAGAGCAAACCCCUCUCAUAUACAGAACCGGACACUGAUUUGUUAUUAGAGGGCACGGCCCUCCCUCAACCUCAGCCCGAUACUGAGCGGGAUACAGAGGACAUGUUUGGAGUGACACAUUCUCAUAGAGAGAACCGGUCACGAAUGUAGACUCUACUGUUUGGUUAUUAACGGGUGCGGCCCGCUCAGGCUAUCAGCCGCAUGCUGACACGGAAUUCGGUCACAUUAUUAGAGAGUGCAGCUCUGUCAUACACUCAACGCUCUACGGUGCCGUCCAUUUGUUCAUCACACAAGCUUGUACCUGUACAAGACCUCGAUGACUGCAUAGAAGGGCAUCCCUCCUGCAUUCAAUUAGAUCUAACGACCGUGCUACUGAUUUCGUUAUAGAGGGCUGCCUGAUCAUGCAGGAUAUACAUAUUUAGACUGGAUCCCUCUAUUUUAUCUCCUGUAAUGGAUCUACUGGAUCCAGACCACUGUACCACACGUGAGAAAUACUUACAGUGGUAUUACGGGGCGAGACUCCCACUUAUUUACACACACUCCUGGAGACGGUACGGCUAACGGGUGAGCCUCAGGUAUUACAAGAGUGCAGGUUUUGGUAUAAUCUGCGCUAUAUAAAACAGAGAAUUGCAUUCUGUUUUGGAUAUCCGGACCAUUGCGAACAAACUGCGCAGACAGUUUUCCCAUAUCAAGAUGACAUGAGAUACGGAGACCUUCAUGGAGCAAACGGGCACUGCCUUGCUCGGGUAACAAAACUAGGGAAGGCCUACUACCCGGUCUAAAAGUACACCAUACGCAUGGAUCGCAUGGUAAGACCGGAAACCCUGGUUGUCUUGUGUUCCCUGGUCAUUACAAUCUUGGGAUAAGAUGGCAGGACAGCCCCUACUCCUCUGAGCACAUACCUGGAGAACAUGGUUCGGAGAUGGAGGGCCCUCCGUCUAUACUCUGUAUAUCCCUCAUGGGAGCCGUUUUGGUUUGGGUUCGCGCUAACCCACCUUUUUAACUACCAUCAAGGAGACCUGCGAGACUCUAUGGAGGAACCUGGUGUGCCCCGACUCCUACACAGACGUCAAAGUCGGGUCACAACCUACCACUGGAGUACGGCUCAGGAUGUGUAGCAGACUCAGAUAGGGCUGCCCACAUUCUCAAAUGGGACAACACAUGUUUCGGACGGCUGAAGCUAGACCCUUCUUUUUUCGCUAUAUCUGCUCUCUGGAGUCACCUGUCAUGAGCGAAGGGACUUUACGCCUUGCCUGCGUAUUGGAGAAUGCUAUGUGUUCGCGGGACUCCAAGCUAAGAAGGGAGGUAUCCCUCUAUAGGGAGACUUUGACUUCAAUUAUCAAAAUCACAUUCCUGGGUCCCUUGACCUAGGGCCUACUCUGGGAGAUACGCGCCCGGACAGUCAUGGGUACAGGGACCUAAGGGUCUCACUAUAUUAUACCCUAUCUUGUAGGUGGCGUGUAUACCAGGAACCCCUACACGAAUUUUGACAGGUCGGGCAUGGAACAGGAUCGUACGACGGGUAGUCGGACUAUUUCACUCUCUCACUACAGCACGUGAGGACUCUUUGUUGUUAUACAGGUCCCAAUUGCCAUUGGAUCCGUACAUCUUAUCACUCUUAGACGUUGACCUCUGGAUGGGAAUCUCAACUCUGGUUUACGUUUCCCAUCCCUUUGAAUAUUUCUGGGACCCGCUAUUUCCAGAAUAGUCGACCACCGUUCUACCACAUAAGUUCAGUUUGGGACCCUGAUUGGACGUCCUUUUUGGAGUCAACACAGUCCAGUUGGAAUAUUGGAAUCACUUGAGAUAGAGCUAGUUUGCCAUACUCUUGCCUGCAUAAUAAAUGUAUUCUCGGCUGAGACAUCUCACCGGGUAGGCCAUCAGGGAAUGAAAUAUCCUACUCGGUUCUAUUGCAGAAUUGGUGGACGUAGGCGCAUUCCUUGAGAUUGAAGAUCUGCCUGCAAGGCCACAUCGUCGGGUGACCCGGGCACGAUCGGUGGAGCCACCUUACACAUCAAGAGAUGAAACAUGGUGGCAGUGUCUUAUCGCGGCCCUAAGUCCGCAAAUGACCUUCGACAUUUUAUAACUACAGGGAAAUGGCUAAUAGGUCAGAUUGGCAGCUCAUGGACUGGCUGGUAGGAAACAGGUCGCAACCCCACGUACAAUGGAUCUAUCAGCGGAUGGUGUUUUUUUCCGUAUUUGGGAUGCUUCGUCAACUGGCAUCUUCACCGAUCGGUCUAUUGUCAUUUAUCGCAGUUGGAAAGUCCAUUUAGGAUUGCUCGGAUAGCUCCCGGAAUAGGUACCAGCAAAACAAACAGCGUUGGAUUUGUUGACUGCGCGUUAAAACUGCAAAUACGAAGCCUCCUGUCAUGUUAUAAAAUUGUAGAUUAUGGUAGCUUUAGUGUACCUAUAAUCUUAAUUUUAUUAAUGACAGGAGGCGAGUAUUUCCCACCCAUUCUUAUCCCUCCCUUGUUUAAUUUUAAUAGUUUGGAUUAAUCAGGUACGUAUGCAACUCUGCUUGUUGUCUCUGCUACCUGUCGCCUGUUCUUAUGUCUGUUUUUUCAUAAGUAGGGUUAGGAUAUCUACAUAUUAAGGUACUUUUGGUUGCUAUAUUGGGUACCUACAUGUUUAUUCAGAGUACAUUUCAUUGGAUAAUCAACCUGUUCGAUUCUGUUUUUCUCUCGUUUCAGUUUACAGUCCAUCAACGCUAUCUAGUUUGGCAGUUCUUCUCGGAUGGUGGACAUCGUUGUAUUCAUCGUAUCUAGGCCUUUGUUUCUUCCCCAUUAUGUUUUCUGCCUUUUAUUCUGGUUUUGUCGCAGCUUGAAAGAGGAAAUGAUGCAUGGGGAGGGGAGUUUUAUAGUACCUAACUUUUUUCAGAAUUGGUUGUUUUUCUGUGCUGCUGUGGAAUUCUAGUAAAGAGAGACUUAAGCAAAUACUGGCCUCCUAUCAUUAAUAAAAUUAAGAUUAUAGGUACACUAAAGCUAGCAUAAUCUACAAUUAUCAGAAUUAGACUUGAUAGUUCAUAGCUUUGCCUCUAAUCCCUUUCAAUCAAAGAGACAGGAAUUACACUUCCUGGCUUUUGUAUCAACUCAUAGCAAUGAGUUUGUAUUAGGGACUGAUGUGGAAGAGGUUGUCAUAUGCUGCCCCUUAGGAGCAAGCGCUUGCAAGUGCAAAGCCCCUCUGUCUCAUUGAUAAGUGCUGCACGUGAUUAUAUGCCGCCAGCAACAAACAUUAUUGACAUGAGUAUGCUUUGGAUCUACAAGCUCUCGCUUCUCGGGAGCAAAACAUGUAAGUCAAUUCAGCAGGCUCUGUGUGGUGAUAACCAGGAGGACUUUAAAGAGAGGUUGAGCUUAUUUCUGCCUGUUUGUCACUACAGUAUUUUGUUUUACAAAUGUGUCAGAGUCCUGGAACCAUAACAACUCAAUUAGCUGAAGCUGCUAUGGUGCCAGAAGUAUCCCUUUACCUGUAUUCCACCCACCCUUUAUCUGAGGGGCAGGACAGUAACCUGUAGCUAGCCACCCAGUAUACUAGUAUUGCGACCAAGUGCAAUGGUCUGAAAUAACUGGCAGGGUUAUUAUACACUAAUCUCCAAAUUUUUGCAAAAUGAAAUUUAUUUAAACCUAGUUGGCUUGGAGAAAUUCCCUGACUCAGCUGUAGUUACAGCCUAAAUUUUGACUUUUUAAUUUGCUACAUUUCUCAGAUGAGUAAUGCUGUCAUUGACUAAAUAUGACAAGUAUCAAAUUCUGGAGUCCCGGUGUAGAUCUUAAAACAUGAUAAGAAUUGUCUAGAUUAUUCCAGCCUAUGUGUUGGCUUGACUAUCAAUAUUCACUGUGUUCCAGGUCCUGCAGUAGAAGAGAUCAGCUUGGACCUUUGAAGUUUUGUGAUGUCACUUGGUUGACACAAUGUCCCUAUAAUCCUUUGGCUGUUGGACAAUAUGUAAAUAACUGCUCAAAUGGUACAUAAAAUAUAAGCAAAAAUCCUACAAGUUUGUGGCUUGUUCCUUGUAAUUGUGAUUGAACUCAUGCUUAUUAUUAUUUUAUUAUUUAUAUAGCGCCAUCAGAUCAGUGGUGUAUCCUGGUUUUGUGCUGCCCUAGGCCCUGCUCAAUGAGCUUACAUUCUAGAGGGAGUGGGGUAUAGUUACACAAAGGGUAAAAGUAGGGGUACAAAGUAGGUUGUUAGAAAAGUAAUUACUUAGUAGGUAAUUUUUGACAGUUGCAGGAGAGGAGUCAUGGGGGUGGGGGAUAAAAAUCUGCUAACAGUUUAAUUGAUAUGCUUUCUUGAAGAAGUGAAUUUUCCAUGAUUUUUUGAAUGAGUGGAGACUGGGUGAAAGUCUUACGGAGUAGGGAAGGGAGUUCCACAGAAGAGGUGCAGCCCUGGAGAAAUCUUGGAGGCAGAGCGCAGGGGCCUCGACAGGACAUACUUGAGUAUUAGGGAGAAUAGGUAGGUUGGACCAGCAUUGUGUAGGGACUUGUAAGCAAGCACCAGAAUUUUAAAUUGAGCCUAUAUCUAACUGGAAGCCAAUGCAGGGACUGCAGGGAGGCGUGGGAGGUGCGAGCGGACAGGAAAAUGAGCCUCGCCGCCGCAUUCAUUAUUAAUUGCAGCAGUGCAAUCUAGGAACACGUAAGACCACGAGAAGGGGAUUGCAGUACUCAAGGUGAGAGAGAACGGCAGCAUGGACCAGCACCUUAGCCGCAUCUGGCGUUAAAUAGGGGGGUUCCAUCUGUUUUUGAGAUGGAAGCGACAGGAUUUGGCAAUUGAUUGGACAUGAGUGGUGAAGGAGAGGUUGGAGUCAAAAAGAACACCCAGGCAGCGAGCCUGCGAGGUAAAGGUGAUGGUAGCGCCGUUGACUUGGAGGGAGACACACACAGGAGUAGCAACACUUGAGGGAGGAAAUACCAGAAGUUCUGUUUUGGACAGGUUGAGUGUAAGGAAGUGAGCAGCCACCCAGUUGGAAAGCGCAGAGAGGCAUUCAGAGGAACGAGUCAAGAUGGGCAGAGAGAGAUCAGGAGAGGACAGGUAGAUUUGCGUGUCAUCUGCAUAGAAAUGACUACGGAAGCCAGAGGAGCUGAUGAGUUUACCAAGGGAGGCAGUAUAGAUAGAGAACAGUAGGGGACCAAGGACAGAACCUUGUGGGAUGCCCACAGAAGAGUCAGAGAAAGAAACCCUGAAAGAGCGCUGUGAGAGGUAGGAGGAGCACCAGGAGAGAGCAGUAUCCCGUAGACCAAAAUUACGGAGAAUGCAAAGAAGCUGUUGAUUAUCAACAGUGUCAAAGGCAGCAUAAAGAUCAAGGAGAAUUAGGACAGAGUAAUGGCCGCGAUAUUUAUCAGCAAUUAAAUCGUUGGAUACUUUGGUCACAGCUGUUUCAACAGAAUGACCAGCGCGGAAUCCAAACUGAAGGGGGUCAAGCAGAGAGUUGGAUUUGAGAAAGUCAGUCAAUCUAGUGUACACAACUUUCUCGAGUACUUCAGCUUCUAUUAUGUAGCUUCAUCUUUCAUGAAUUAAAGGGACACUUUAUGCACCCAGACCACUUCAGCUCAUUGAAGUGGCCUGCAUGCAAUGUCCCAGUCCUCUUAAACCUGCAGUUGUAAUUAUUGAUAAACUGCAAUAAUUCCCUUGCAGGGUUAACUCCACCUCUAACUAGAGAGACUUCCGGGUACUUGGCGGACUUCUGGUCACCAAACUGAUGUUGGACGUCUUCACACUCUGUAUAAGGACAUCCAAUGUCAUCUAAAACCCCAUAAGAAAGCAUUGAGCAAUGUUUUCCUAUUGGAUAGUUCUAAUGCGAGCACGGCACUCGCCAUGCAUACGCAUUAGGUCCCCACGACGACUGCCGGAGGAGAAGACUGACCCAGUGCUGAGGGACAUUGGAGCUGGAAUCAGGCAAGGGACAGACAGGUUUUUAACCCUUCCAGUUUUCCUAGCAUUAUAGUUUCCCUUUAGGAUAAGUGGCUAGGUCAGAUAACUUAUAAAAUGCCCCUAACCAAUUGAACUACAAUUUGCAUGUAUAGACAUUUGGGAGCUAUGUGUGUGACUCUGAGUACUACAUUUUGCUGCAUGAUUUUUACCACUUCACUGCAAAACCUGAAAGUUUGCAGUAAGCACAAUAUUUUAGUCACUUUAGUUACUUGGACUUUAAUUGAGGUGAUUUGUGAUGAUUAUACAUUUAAUAGAACAACAUUUUAUUAGGAGCUAAAUUUUUCCAUACAGAAAUAUUAACAAACAUUUUAUCUUCCCAGAGUAUGCUGCCAAUGUAUGUUAUCAGGAAUUCAAUGUGCCGGCGUCAUUUCCGGUUGAAUUAAGGCAGUAUCUUCCAAAUAUUAACUAUUCUCACGACAUAGAAGGGUUAGUAUUAUUUUAUUUUUGUUGCUUAUUGGACAUUUUUCUUAAAACUACAAUCCCGAGUUGGAUAAGAGGGGUGUUAAAUAAGUGAGAAUAUUUAACUUACUAAAAAGAAUUGUUAGUUAUACACUUCACUGCAAUAACAUAAGAGAUGGUGUAUACUAUAUGGGUUCUUUCGGUAUGUAAGAUUAGAAUGUUUUAUGAAUUAGUGGUGACUAGUCCAGCCUAUAUGAUUGUUACUUAUACAUAUGGUGUUAUAAAGCGAUCAUACAUUCAUAUGUGUGGUGGGGUAUGCAGUGCUCAUGGGAUAGGGCUUCUUUGCAAGCAUUGUCCCCCAUAACGUGAACAUUUUAGGUAUAUGAUUGCCAUUAAUAUGAUAGCAACCAAUCUGUGACUGGGUUUUGGACGCCUGUUAGGUGGAAUAGUGAUGAUCACCUCCAUUUCCUUAGAAAAUGCAUGUAAUUAUAUGCAAAAAUAAAAGCGAACAUUCAAAAUGAUCCAAAUAGCCAUCAUCUAAGUCAGUGGUUCCCAAACCAGUCCUCACAUACCCCCUAACAAUCCAGGAUUUAGGUAUUACACAUUUGUGUCGAUAUUUUUAGUAAAAAGAAACAAAAACAAAAAACUCUUAGACACAACAGGGUAAUCCCUAAAUCCUGGACUGGCAGGGGAUACUUGAGGACUGGGUUGGGAACCCCUGAUCUAAGUGGUAAUGAACACAUCUAAAAAUAUAAGAAUAUAUAGAAGGCUGAAAAUAAAUCGAGAGAGAUUGGACUGGAACUAUAUAAUAUAAGCAUCAUUUGUCAGGAGAGAUUACUUCUGAGUUAUGAUGUAAAUACCUCUAAAACAAUAGAACAAACCACAUAUAGGGUAAUAAAGUUAUAGACCACAGUCCUGAGGAGUACAUAUUGCACUCAUAAUGAGGAAGUGGUAUUCAGGCAUUUCUCCCCAAUAGGGGUAUAUACACUCAAUAGUGGCAUGUUCUUCUGUGUUAGAUGUAAAAGAAGAGCGAAAGACACACUUGAGACUACUGGAAAGAAUGCUAUGCCUUCUCUCUUUUUAUGUUUGAGUAUUAAUUAUUUGCAUCCUUGCACUAAGUGUCUUUCUAUCUUACUUUACAUCUAACAUAGAAAAAUAUGCCGUGGAAGAGAACACAUUGAGUGGAUAUACCCCUAGUGGGGAGAAACGCCUGAAUACCAUUUCCUCAUUGUGAGUGCAAUAUAUACUCCUUAGGUUCUUUAACUUUAGCCUAUAUGUGGUUUGUUUUGUUAUAGUUUAGUUUUAUUAACACUUAGGUGAUGGCCAAUUGGAUCACUUGGGACUUUCUCUCUCUUUUGUUUUUGCAUAUCAUUUUUGUAUUUCGAAUGUUUGUGUGGAAUACAUAUAAAAGGGGUUAACAUAGAGACAUAAAUUCCCUAUUUUGUUUGACCUUUUUUUGUGUCAUGUAUAUUGAUAAUUUGAUUUGUUUUAGCCUUAUAAAAUGCCUCCCUGAGGCACGUGAUCACCAUUAUCGUGGCACAUGGGGAUCACCUAUAGAAUAUAGGUGUGUUGGGCAGCUUCUUAAUUAGUAUGAAGUCGAUUGUUAGUUUAAUCCUGGUUUAUUUUACUCCAGUAACAUGGAAAGGAAAUGGAUAACGUGUCGUACUUUUGCAUUUCAUUUAGAGCGACAAUAUCAGUGAAUACAUUUACAUGGACACUAUAGUCACCAGACCACUACAGCUUUUUAUUUUUUGUGUCCAUAGCCUGUCCCUGAAGGCUUUAUAAUAUAAAUGUUUACAUUGCUGCCUAGUAGCACCUCUAGUGCCAGUCACUGAAACUGCCACUAGACGUGCUUCCUGGGUCAGUGCUGCACAGUGUGACCUAAAUAGCAAGAUUAACACUAUAGUGUCAGGAAUACAUGUUUGUAUUCCUGACAUUAUAAUGUUCCUUUAUAAUGUUAUAUAUUAUAAUGUUCUGGUGAUAGUCACAAACCACUUUACCUCUGAGCUCAAGGUUUAUUAUAAUUUCUCCACAAGACCUUUGUGACAUUAUUUUCAUGUAAACUAUGCAAAAUUAUAUAUCUUGUAUAAUAUGCUGAAGAUCUAAUAUUUUUAAUAUUUUUGUUUUUGUUUCAGACCAUUAAGAUGUGUUGUUCUAAUUGCUCUCAAAGACAUAGGCUGUGGAGAAGAGCUUUUUUCAAAUUAUUUCACAUUUGUUCGAUAAGUUCAAUCUAUUAAGGACAAAUGAGACCUUAUAUGCAGCUGUUUUCUCUUUGUAUCAUUAGAUAAAACUGCUUCUACCUUGGUUACAAAAUAAAAGUACACAUUUUUGACAAAAAA